AAGUAAACCUGCAUUACGAACAAAUAAUCAAUUGGCCAGUUCUAGUCCGGUCCAACUCGCCAAAUUAGAACCAAUCCGGCUCCUCCUAAGUCGGAGCUCAAAAGUUUACCCCUCGGUCAUUAAUAGCGUAAUACCCCAGCCCAUCUCAUGGUGGAACUGACUGCCCCUCGUUAAAUAAAACAAAAAACAUCACCAAUUCCUCACGACGUCAGUAACUAAUAUCUCAAAAUGUCUGCUUCUUUCUUCUCCCUUGAGGGCCAGACUGCUCUCGUAACUGGCGGUACGCGUGGUAUUGGCCAAGCUGUAGCGAUUGGUCUUGCUGAAGCUGGUGCCGAUAUUAUUCUUGUUCAGCGAGAUACUACAUCACAGUCAACAAAAGAGUCUAUCGAGAAGCUUGGCCGAAAGGCUUUUAUUUACACUGCUGAUCUAUCGUCGCAAGAAUCUGUUGCUGGGCUCGUGCCUAAGGUGCUAGCUGAUGGACACCAGAUUCGCAUCUUGGUGAACUGCGCUGGUAUUCAGCGACGACACCCUUGUGAAGUCUUCCCUGACAGCGACUUCAAUGAGGUCAUCCAAGUAAACCUCAACUCCGUCUUCACCCUCUGCCGCGAGGUCGGCGCCCACAUGCUCAACCUCGAACCCUCCCCCAUCACCGGCCGUCGCGGCAGCAUCAUCAACUUCGCCUCCCUCCUCACGUUCCAGGGCGGUUUCACUGUCCCCGCCUACGCCGCCUCCAAGGGUGCGGUAGGCCAAGUCACCAAGAGUUUCGCCAACGAGUGGACCUCAAGGGGCAUCACCGUAAACGCCAUUGCUCCCGGUUACAUCGCUACCGAUAUGAACGAGGCUCUUCUUGCAAACCCAGAACGUCUUGCUAGUAUUACUUCGCGAAUUCCUGCUGGUAACUGGGGUUCACCGGAUGACUUCAAGGGUACAGCUGUUUAUCUGGCGAGUAAGGCCAGUGGGUAUGUGAGUGGGCAUGUGUUGGUUGUUGAUGGUGGUUGGAUGGGCCGAUAAACGAUACGUUUGAGGGUGGUCUCUGAAGCAAUCUUGAAAAUAGAUUAUAAUAUAAUAUCUCUGGCGUUUUUACAAAGUUGGAAUGGCGAGUGAUUA